AUGCCUCCCACGAAGAAGCGAAAGGUUGGCGCUGCCAGCAGCUCGUCAACGCCGGCAAAGAAAGUCCGCAUUAGUGGUGCCUCUGAGAUUGCUGAUGUGUCUCCUAGUGGUCGUCCCAAGCGCACUUCAGCCAGUAAACCGCAGUACAACUUCACCAGAAAGCGAGCACCCCCCUCUGUCGAUCAGAAUUCAGGUACACUGAGCUCAACAGGUUCACUGGCCGAGAAACGGGGCAGACCAGCUAAGACAGGCUCUCCAACCAAGGCAACUAACUCAACAAGCACAAGCAAAGUACCAGUUACGAAAACUACUUCAAAGCAAACUCCUACGAGCACUGCUCCUGCUCGCCCCGUGGGCCGUCCUGCGUCUAUCAAGCCCAAGACUGCGUCUGUUGUGAUCAAAGCACCAUCAGCUAAACGAGGUCGUCCUGCGUCUACCAAGCCCAAGCCUGUCCCUGUUGUGACCAGGGCACCACCAGCUGAACGAGGCCGUACACCAAAAUCGCCUAACACUGGUGCAACACCCAAAGCUUCUAAAGAAGGCCCCGAUUCUGUGCCCGAAGCGGUCCAGGAAGAGAUCAAAUUAGUUGAGGACAAUGGAAUAGUUCACCAGGAUGUUCAAUAUUGGCUCAUGAAAGCUGAGCCCGAGUCACGUAUCACGAAGGGCCAUGAUGUCAAGUUCUCCAUCGACGAUCUGGCUUCAAAGACUGAGCCUGAAGGUUGGGAUGGUGUUCGCAAUCCAGUUGCACGCAACAACAUGUGCGCUAUGCGCAAAGGCGACUUGGCUUUCUUCUACCAUUCCAACUGUGCCGUCCCAGGCAUCGCCGGAGUCAUGCGUAUUGUUGAAGAACACACUGUCGAUGAGUCGGCCUUCGAUCCCGAUCAUCCAUACUAUGAUGCCAAGUCCCACCGCGAGAAGCCAAAAUGGGAAUUAGUCAAAGUUGAAUUUGUCAAGAAAUUCGACGACUUAAUUACUCUGCGGCACUUGAAGUCACUAAGUCUCCCUGGUAGUGCCUUGGAAAACAUGGUCAUGCUCAAGCAAAGCCGACUUAGUGUCUCACCUGUCACUUCUUCCGAAUGGCAGUUCAUCCUUGACCUGGCUGGUGAGAAAAUUUCUCUGGGCCAGGCCACUCCGCAAGAUGGUUAUGAAACCGACAUUGACAGCGAAGGCCACGAUGACAUGAAUGCCAAUGGUGAUGAGGCUAAUGGCACUAGAGAUGGCGACAGCUUAAAGAUUACCCCAACUCAAACGGUGCUGGCGAAGACGUCGAUGAACACCCAGCAACCCAUGGUGCAGUGA